AUGUUCGCUUUUCAUUCCUCCUCUGCGCUCUUCUUCUUACCGGUUUUGUCAUCGCGCACCACCAUCACGGCUUCCCAAAGAGCGCGCGAUCAAAAGCAAAAUCAAACUCGACGAUCCUUCGUAACGAACGCGCAAAAAUCAGAACAACAACAAAGAAAAGUGGAUGAUGAUUACAACAUAGAAGCUGGAAUUGAACCGUGUUUAGUCGGGUACGUGGACAAGGACACGAACGGCGUGGAGAUGUAUUGCUGUGAACAACCAGACGGGAGCAUGGAGUGCCGGACGAUGACGCCUUCUCACGAAGAGUGCGAGAUAUUUGACGAGAACGGAGACGUAAAGGUUGAUUGUAGCCCAAACUUAUCGGUCGAGCAGAAGUAA